AUGGCGCACGACGGCUUCCUCGGGGGAUUCCACGACCUAUCCUGGCCGCUCGAUCAUGCUGCAGCCGCCGGCGCCGCGCCGUUCGACCCCCUGCGGGUAGUGGUACAUGUGCCGCACGCGCUUAUGGGCGCCGGUGCGGGGUGGGAACACGACGCUGCGGUGGGCGCGGUCGUGCCGUCGCAGUCGCAAUCGCCGUCGCCGUCGUCGCUCGCGGCGGCCGCAGCCGGAGGAGAUGCUGUUGAGGCCGCCCUGAUGGAACAGCUUGCGAGCAGGCUCGGCGUCAGCGUGCCGUCGCCGCCGUCAUCCCGGUACGCGUCCUGCCACAGCACGCCGGUGGGCUCCCCCUCCAAGCCGGCGGCGCCGUGCGCGCUCGCCGGGGACGCGGUGCUUGCGGAGCGCGCCGCGAGGCACUCAUCGUGCUUCCCGGUCUCCAGUGGGAAGCUCUCACGCGUGGCCAGCAGCCAGUCGCCUCUCGGCGAGCAGGCUCCGGCGCCCGCGCUCACGCCUGGCGCUGUUAAACAGCACGCGAGCGACGGGUCGUGUAGGGAUGGCCCCUGCCGGAAGCGGAAGGCGUCGGGCGGCAAGUGCAAGGCCAAGGACGUGGUCACCACGGCUACACCCAAGUCCCGGGAGACAGAGACGAGAGCCAAGAAAUGCAAGCUCUCCACAGACGCCGCGCAUGGCGAGGAGCAGAAGCUGGCGGCGACCGGAGAGGGAUGGCAUGGCAAUGGCAAGGGGAAGGAGGUGGCGGCAGAGCCACCCAAGGACUAUAUCCACGUGCGCGCGCGCCGGGGCCAGGCCACCGACAGCCACAGCCUCGCCGAGCGGGUGAGGAGGGAAAAGAUCAGCGAGCGCAUGAAGCUGCUGCAAGACCUCGUGCCAGGCUGCAGCAAGGUAACCGGGAAGGCCGUGAUGCUUGAUGAGAUCAUAAACUACGUGCAGUCGCUGCAACGCCAAGUGGAGUUCUUGUCGAUGAAUCUGUCGACCGUCAACCCGCGCCUCGAACUCGACGUGGAUAGCUUCAUCCCCAAAGACGCCAACAAGCUGUGUGCGCCUGCGACGUCCUCCAUGGCACAGCCACUGCCACCAGUCUACGCACUUGAGGGCUCGAGCUCGGCGUUCUGCUACACCUCGUCUCCAGGCACCGCUGCGCAGAGUGUUGUGACAAAUGCCAUCACGGACCGGUCACUUGAAGGACUUCAAAAUGCAAAUCCCCAGAUGGGGAGCUUGUGGGAAGAGGAUGAUCUCCAAAGUCUAGUCCUGAUGGGAUUCCGCGGCAAUACGUGA